AUGGCCAACAUUCCUAUUGAACAUCAUUCCACACUGGCCAACAUUCUGAUUGAACACCAUUCCACCCUGGCCAACAUUCUGAUUGAACACCAUUCAAGUCGGGCCAACAUUCUGAUUGAACACCAUUCCACUCUGGCCAACAUUCUGAUUGAACACCAUUCCACUAUGGCCAACAUUCUGAUUGAACACCAUUCCACUCUGGCCAACAUUCUGACUGAACACCAUUCAACUCAGGCCAACAUUCUGAUUGAACACCAUUCCACUAUGGCCAACAUUCCUAUUGAAAACCAUUCCACUCUGGUCAACAUUCUGAUUGAACACCAUUCAACUCAGGCCAACAUUCUGAUUGAACACCAUUCCACUAUGGCCAACAUUCUGAUUGAACACCAUUCCACUAUGGCCAACAUUCCUAUUGAAAACCAUUCCACUAUGGCCAACAUUCCUAUUGAACACCAUUCCACUCUGGCCAACAUUCCUAUUGAAAACCAUUCCACUCUGGCCAACAUUCUGAUUGAACACCAUUCAACUCGGGCCAACAUUCUGAUUGAACACCAUUCCACUCUGGCCAACAUUCCUAUUGAACACCAUUCCACUCGGGCCAACAUUCUGAUUGAACACCAUUCAACUCAGGCCAACAUUCUGAUUGAACACCAUUCCACUAUGGCCAACAUUCCUAUUGAAAACCAUUCCACUAUGGCCAACAUUCCUAUUGAACACCAUUCCACUCUGGCCAACAUUCUGAUUGAACACCAUUCAACUCGGGCCAACAUUCUGAUUGAACACCAUUCCACUCUUGCCAACAUUCUGAUUGAACACCAUUCCACUCUGGCCAACAUUCUGAUUGAACACCAUUCAACUAUGGCCAACAUUCCUAUUGAAAACCAUUCCACUCUGGUCAACAUUCUGAUUGAACACUAUUCCACUCUGGCCAACAUUCUGAUUGAACACCAUUCAACUCAGGCCAACAUUCUGAUUGAACACCAUUCCACUCUGGCCAACAUUCUGAUUGAACACCAUUCCACUAUGGCCAACAUUCCUAUUGAAAACCACUCCACUCUGGUCAACAUUCUGAUUGAACACCAUUCCACUGUGGCCAACAUUCUGAUUGAACACCAUUCAACUCAGGCCAACAUUCUGAUUGAACACCAUUCCACUCUGGUCAACAUUCUGAUUGAACACCACUCCACUCUUGCCAACAUUCUGAUUGAAUACCAUUCAACUCAGGCCAACAUUCUGAUUGAACACCAUUCCACUCUUGCCAACAUUCUGACUGAACACCAUUCCACUCUGGUCAUGAUUCUGACUGAACACCAUUCCACUCUUGCCAACAUUCUGAUUGAACACCAUUCAACUCAGGCCAACAUUCUGAUUGAACACCAAAGAAUGUUGGCCAACAUUCUGAUUGAACACCAUUCCACUCUGGUCAACAUUCUGACUGAACACCAUUCCACCCUGGCCAACAUUCUGAUUGAACACCAUUCAACUCAGGCCAACAUUCUGAUUGAACACCAUUCCACUCUUGCCAACAUUCUGAUUGAACACCAUUCCACCCUGACCAACAUUCUGACUGAACACCAUUCCACUCUUGCCAACAUUCUGAUUGAACACCAUUCAACUCAGGCCAACAUUCUGAUUGAACACCAUUCCACUCUGGUCAACAUUCUGACUGAACACCAUUCCACUCUUGCCAACAUUCUGAUUGAACACCAUUCCACUCUGGCCAACAUUUCUAUUUUCACACUUUAG